CACCACCAUGCCUUUUGCGGAUGCCGCGCGACGAAAUCGGUCUGUUGGAUCCAAUGAUGGAUAUAACAUAUUUGUGAAAGAUGAGUAUCCCGUAGCCUUCUUUUUCCAUACGAGUGUCAGGGAAGGGCGCGAUGUACUCGAACAGAACAUCACGAGCCAUGGCGGUUAUGUAUGCGGAGAUGAGAAACGAGCCAACGUGAUGUUAGUUGAUGAAGAAGCCGACAUCGAGCAUAUCCGCCGGCGCUACUACCGCUCACAUGUCCUCUGGCAGCAGCGCGUCUAUAUCGAGUCCCGUGAUUUUGUCCAUCAAUGCAUCAGAGCUAAAAAAUAUGAACAUCGUCCUCCAGCAAGGAAGGGUAUGCCCGGUGCUCCGGGUGGGCGCGUACGCGUACCAUUUACCGCAGAUGAUGAUGAUCAUCUCGCAUUUUACAUUGCAACUGUCUAUCCUGAUCCUUCUGAUGGGGGACGCACUGGGAAUUCGUUUUACCAGGAGUUGACAGAGGAGCUGGCUGAUGAGCCUGAAUACAAAGACUGGGCGAAAAGGCACACAUGGCAAUCCUGGCGUGAGCGUUACAGGAUGAAUCGCGUGCGUUUUGAUCCUAUGAUUGCCAUGUAUGCGGCGCAGCUCAAACCUGUGGCUCAUGGUUUCGGUCACGAUCCACGCUCGCGUCGCUUUAAAAACGGAGAGAUAGCACACAGGGAGGAGGAGGAAGAGGAGAGCGAUCAGGAACCGGAACAACAAGCAGAGCGUGGUGCUGGAUCUGAUGACUUGAAUAACCGGGUGCCCGACGGUAUUCCACAAGCCCGUAACCAAGUUCAAGACAACGAUAUGCGCAAUCAUGAACCUAGUGCUGCACAGCCUCAAUUGCGCAGGCGGCGUCGCGAUGAUCCUGAUACGUCUCAGCGUGCAAAUUUCCAAGGGGAGUCGUCUCGGAAGCGACAGCGUGUGGCCAGUCCAGCUACACCAUCAGAAUCUCGCACUUCCACUGUGGAGAAGGGACGAUGGGGUAGUGAUCAUGGUAGUCCUGGCCAAUUUUCGAUUGGGAACGAUAGAAGAUCACCGGAAGAAAGGAGUGUCGCGUGGGGGGCGCUCGAUGGUGCGAUUGGUUUCGAUAAUGAUCAAAUGCCCCAACUCAAUGUGUUACCAGUGCCGCGAUCACCUGAGCAUGACGUUCCACAAUCCGAUGAGCCAUUGGCUACGCAGCAAACCCUAGUCAAUUCGCCCACCAACGUACGAUCCAGACAGGUUCCGAGUGCUCGAGCUACUGCUGUGGUUGUUCAAGCGGCAUCGAUGAACUCACAGGCUAUUUCAAUUGCACAGCCCCUGCGAGCUGCGCGAAGGCCACCUUCACGCCGUGGGCGAGCCCAGCGAGAACAAAGCCUCGCUGCCGGCACCGAAAUUCAGUCACAGGUUAAACGUAUACGGACGUCGAGCAAAUCUCGCGGUAAUCAACCUGCCGUGGUCGCUUCUGACGCACCAUAUCGCCACACUCGGGCGAGAUCGCAGUCAGUUGACCUGCCUCCACAACCUGCACCGGCAUCGAAGCGUCAGAGAGUAGUUUCGGCGAAGGGGAAAAUGAAAGAACCGGAGCUAGAGGAGGUUACUGAAGAAGAUGCCGAACGAAAUUUGGUCGAAGGCGAUGAUUCUCAAGCUCACAUUUACGAGGAUGUCGGGUUGGACAGUCAAGGAUCACAGAUUUCAAUUCGUCGCCCGGAGGCCGAGACAUUCCAAGAGCAGCAGGAUGUGGAGGACCACCUUCUGAAGGAAGGGAGUAGUCUCUUCACCGACGAAGAACAAUCUGACGAGUCUUCUGAUGAGCAACAAGAAUUCACAGCGGACUCUUCAUCUGAAGAUCCUUCCGACUCUGAUGAUGCAGCCACCCAUAAGAAUCUCCAGCGUGAUGGGCAACGGCUCAAUAGGAUGGCAGCUGCUGGCUUCCGCACUCGUCUUCCGAGUACCUCAGUGUCAGCCUCAAACAAGGCCCGGAUGACCACAAGAUCAUCUGCAAUUCGAGUCACACGCCAUGCGGCCUAAGUUCCUCUCUUCCCUUCUCCAGGCACCAAGGCGAUUACCAUAUUGCAAGAGAGGAGAGGGAAUUAACAUUAGUCAUUAAUCAACGUUGUUUAUAUAUCACUUAGAAUCAUUAUUAAGCCUAAUCAAUUGAUGAUAUGCGCACGGA